AUGUCCCUUCCCUUGGACUCUCUGUCCGAGUCUGGACCUCAACUUCCAGCACUCCCUACCCCAGAUUCACAGGGCGCAGGAUCUCGACAUAAUGUCUCUCCAGGACUUCUAUAUCCCUCCUCGAUACCAUCUCCACCCCCUUCUCCAGUUCCCCAGUCCCUGAGAGAAUCUACACGCCGCCACCUGCUACCACCAGCCAUGACUGACCUUCAACUGUGCAUGGAAUGGGGUUCAAUGCCUGUUACCCCGUUCAGCCACUUCGUCGCCCCUGAAUUAUCUCCAUCUCCCAAGCGAUUCCCUCGAUUCAUGGACUUGCCACUGGAACUCCACCGGCUGAUCUUUCAAGCCUGUGAUACGCCAACGCUUUUUCAUCUCAUGCAUACAUCUUCCUAUAUCCGAUCCGAAUGCUCAGAAUUGUUCUGGGGGUCAGGGAAUCGCGUCUGGUACCGGCCUGAUCAUGCCUAUUACCUGUUUAAUGAAAAAGACUCGCCGAUCGACUUUUGCCCGGAAUUCGCAUCGCGUAUCACCCAUGUGGAAAUAUCGCUUUACUUUGCCGAUCACCGUCGGAUGGCGUAUACUGGACGGGCCUUCUGGGAUAGGCUACAGGAGCUCUUUCCCUCGGCGCGUAAUGUGGUCUUGAGUGGAAGCCAGCCAAGACGAAAAGAUAUUAGCCAGUACUUUUUUAUUUCUCAAAUGGUGGCGCCGGCACCUCCGGAUAUCAAUGCAUUUGUGGCCUUCAAGUGCAAAGGUGACGUGGACGUGGAUGAGCACGCUUUGCGACACAGAUUGUGGCGGGUUGAACGUCAUCGCUGGAGCUUGGUCCAAGAUAUCUGGACCCCGAUGCGAGUUUUGCUUCCUCCGAAAAGAGUCCCACCGGGUUUAUUGAAUGACCUUUCGACUAGUGAUCGAAUUCAUCGUAUCUUGUGGCGUGAAAUGAAAGCUCUAAAUUGGUUGAAACUGGAAACUUACGCGCGGUAUUCGGAAACCAGUGUAAUUGAAUGUCCAGAUCCCGGGUGUAAGGACUUGGAAUUUCACACUUUGAAAGACUUCAAGAUACAUAUCUUAGUGAAGCGCCAUAUAGGGGGAUCCUCGUUCACCCAUGACAAUGACUUGGUGCUCUAUCAUCGAUAUACACCCGUUGAGGUGAAGGCUGUUCUUGACGCCAAACAACGCCGUCUGGACGAGAUGGUGCGUGUUAAAAGAUUGCUAGAAGAUGACCUUCGUGAUCGGUACCGCAGACCUGGAGAUGCAAAACGGAAAUUUGAGGAGGAGCUCACUGUUAAAAUGAAGGAGCAUGGCUAUCUCGCACCUCACAAGUCACUUGAGGAUUCGAACUUGUGGCUCGAUCGCGCUGAAAUUUUCGAGUUCGAUUAUCCGGAACACCCCGAGGAGAAGGAUUUUGAUCCAGACUGCACCGAGGAAGAAAAUUGGGAUCAGUAA